AUGGCUUGGCUGUCCCGGAUGUUGGGCGGCAGCCGCCAGACCAAGUACGAGGCUGUCCCCGACGAGGAGGCCGGUGAUGCCUCGCCCUCGAGACCCUAUCGGCGCCGCUCCCGCACGCGCCUUCUCCUCCCUCGACAGCGCAAGGCCGCCGCCGUCCUCCUGUGCAUUGACGUCCUCAUCGUCGUCACCCUCGUCAUCGUCCUCGAGCCCCUCAUCACCCUGCUCCGACGCAACGAAGACCUCUUCACCCCGAGACUCGAGCUCCACAAUGUCGCUGCCGCCCCAGACGUGCCGGGCGCCAAACACAAGAUUCCGCGCAUCCUCCACCAGACGACCCCCAACGAUACGAUUCCUGCCAAGUGGGUAGAGUCGCAGCGCAGCUGUAAGGAGGUGUACAAGGACUACGAGUACAUGCUCUGGACCGACAAGGGCGCCGAGGAAUUCCUCGCUGCCAACUACUCGGACUUUGUCGAAUCGUGGAAGAAUUACGCUUUCCCCAUCCAGCGCGCCGACGCCAUCCGAUACUUUGUGCUCUACCACUUUGGCGGCAUCUAUCUCGACAUGGACACCCAGUGCAACCAGACUUUCCCCAUGCAAGAAGUCGAAAAUGACUCUAGUAAUGACGUUGCCAUUUUCAAAUCCACCGCACCCACCGGCGUCACCAACGACCUCAUGAUUGCCUCGGCCCGUCACCCAGCCUUUACCAUGGCCAUCGCUCAGCUCCCCUACUACUACGCCUGGACGCGCUUCUGGGCCGAGUACGGUCCCUACAUCAACAUUAUGCUGUCCUCGGGACCCCUCUUCAUCUCGCUCGUCGUCAAGGACUACCUGCUGACGCUGCCCACCACCCCGUCGCCCACCGUCAAGGUCAUCUCCCCUCCCGGCCUCGACGGCUACAUCACCGAUCUCGAGAGCAGUACCUGGCACCGCGCCGAUGCUCAGACCCUCAUGUGGCUCGGCACCCGCCCCUGGACCUGGUUCACCCUGGGUGCCGUCGGCACCUUUUUCGGCCUCUGCCUCAUCAACUACCUGCUACUGGCGUUGUACGGCUUCUUCGCCCGCAGAGUGUUGAGCCUCUCGGCCCGGCUCAAGGAGGCCAAGGUGGCAUAA